AUGGCCGAGGAGCCCCACACCGUGCUCAUCUCUGGCUGUUCUUCGGGAAUCGGUCUGGAGCUCGCAGUGCAGCUGGCUCACGACCCUCGAAAGCGCUACCAGGUGGUGGCCACCAUGAGAGACCUGGAGAAGAAGGGGACACUGGAGGCAGCUGCCAAGGAGGCUCUGGGAAAGACCCUCACCGUGGCCCAGCUGGACGUGUGCAGUGAUGAGUCGGUGGCCCAGUGUCUCAGCUGCAUCCAGGGAGGGAAAGUGGACGUGUUGGUGAAUAACGCCGGAGUGGGCCUGGUGGGGCCCCUGGAGGGGCUCAGCAUAGCUGCCAUGCAGAACGUCUUUGACACCAACUUUUUUGGGGCUGUCCGCCUGGUCAAAGCUGUGCUUCCUGGCAUGAAGAGGAGGCGACAGGGCCAUAUCGUGGUGGUCAGCAGUGUCAUGGGGCUGCAGGGUGUAGUGUUCAACGAAGUCUACGCAGCCUCCAAGUUUGCCCUGGAGGGAUUCUUUGAGAGUCUGGCCAUCCAGCUGCUCCAGUUCAACAUCUCCGUCUCCCUUGUGGAGCCAGGCCCAGUGGCCACAGACUUCGAGGGGAAGCUCCUGGAGCAGGUAUCGGAGGCCGAGUUCCCAGGCACCGACGCUGAGACUCUGGGCUACUUCAGGGAUAUCUACCUCCCAGCUUCCAGGGAGCUCUUUCGGUCCUUGGGGCAAAACCCACAGGAUGUGGCUCAGGCCAUCGUCAGGGUCAUUGGCUCGGCCCGACCACCCCUGCGCAGACAGACUAACGGCCGCUACACCCCGCUGACUGCGCUCAAAGCCGCCGACGCCUCCGGUCGCCUGUACGUGGGAACUGCCCACCGCCUCCUCUUCCGCUGGCCACGCCUCCUCUACCUGGGGCUUUGCUGCCUCGGGGCCAAGGUGUUUUCCAAGGCUGAUGAUUCCAUGAGCCCCAAUAUCCAUCUGACAAAUUCCUUUGCUGCUAAAAUCAUCCUGAGUGAGUUUCGGCUGCACAAAGGGGGAGAGGCAGAAUCUGAGCUACCCAGCAGCUGCUCUGGGCUGGCGGCCAACGUGCCCUCCCGGGGCCACCGGCGUUCCUUCCGCACGGGGGAGCCUGCGAGCAUCUUCCCGGCCGCCCAGAGGCUCGCCGGCGCCCUCUCGCGGCCAAGUGCGAGAGGCUGGACUUGA